UAAAGUGUGAGGGAGGGUGUAGGGUGUGAGGCAGCUCGUUACAAACACCACCCAUCGGUCCGCAUUGGCAGCUCCUUACAGAAAUUUGAGAGUGCAACGUCUUUUAUAAAAAGGAUUUUAUUGUUUGCAGUAGACUCUGCCGAGACAGCUUUUCGUGACGUGAAAAACCUUUCUCGGUGGAGCUCAAGACUGGAGUCAGUGCUCGGCUGAGGAAACUUGAGAUGUGAAGGCGCCUCUCAUCAAUCAGCACCAGACUCAAGCAUAUCCGUGAUGCCGCGCAUCAAGGAAAAGCGUUCCUCCAAGGCCUCGGCCAAGGCCUUGUCGAAGGCCGCGGCCAGGGCCGCAUCCAAGGCCAGGGCAAGAGGCAGCCCCCCGUUGUUCCCCGGCGAUGAGAGCGAUGAGGAAGACGAGGCUGCCGACGUGAUAGGCGAACUACUUGAACUGUUACUGCCCGAUCCAAAGGAGAGACAGAGAAGAAUAUCAAACAUCAUGACUGAGGGCGGCGACAUGCGUCUCAUGAUCAACGAGUUGGUGAACAAGCGUCGCGACGACAAGGCAGUAAUGCGACUGCUGCAGCGCAUGCAAGAGGUGGGGGGCUGCGACUGCGAGGCGCGGAUGGCCAAGUUCAAGAGCCCCUUCUCCUGGGGCUGGGCGGCCCAGCCCAUGCCUCGCUGCGCCUACAUAGCGGACAAACUGUUCCAGGCGGGCACGGACUGGAACUUGGCCUUCGACAAGCUGAACCUCGCGUACAGCCUCUACACGUGGAGCAAGCGCGCGGAGGGCCGUGCCAAGCUGGUGGAGUGCUACAUGUUGCUGCUGCCAGGCCCCUCCUUCAACCGCGGCUGCCCCAUCGUCAAUGACCACAGGGAAGCUUUGCGCUACUUGCUGGACUCCACCUGGGCGAGCAUGUGCCUGGUGCAACGCAAGCAGCCCUGCACCGGCAUUGACCCUGUGCUGGCGGAGUUCAUCAGCACCAUCAAGCCCUACAACACGCUGCCUCUGGAGCAGAAGGCUGCCGUGCUCGUCAUGGAGGGACGCUUCAGCGACGAUGAAGGCCUGCUGCGGCUGGCGCGCAGGGCCAUCGCGCUGAGCCCGGACGAGGGCGAGUGGAAGCACAUGCUGGGCUGGAAGCUGCAGGGGCAGCGCGUCAAGCAGGGCGGCAGUGUGCCGGGCACCGAGGAGCUGGCCAUGCUGAGGGACGCCGUCCGUCUGCGCCGCAGCCCCGACACCCUCACCAGGCUGGCCAUCUCCCUGGCGGACUGCGGCCCCGCCGGCAGGACCGAGGCCCGGCAGCUGGUGGACCAGGCACUGGCCGAGUACCCGGACAACGCCGCUGUGCUCUCCCAGGCCGCGCACGUCGUCCAGCUCCUGGGCGGGUCUGUCCAGGCCGUGUACAACGAGGUGGAGAACCUCUACACGCGCGCCCUGGCCGUGACAGGGGACUGCGCGCACUUGCGCAUGAAGCUGGGCAUGGUGCUGCAGCAGCGCGGCAAGGCUCGCCAGGCCAAGCAGCAGUUCCAACGGGCAGCUGCCAUCAGUCUCGACGCCGUCGAAGAGUUCAUGAAGGAUGUGCCCUUCCCUUUCGCCAAGUGACCGCGCCGCCCGGCGAGGUCCUCCACUUGUGAUUGACUCCCAUCUAGUCAGGCUCCUUUUCAAGUGAUUGACUCCAUAAACGGUCUUGCAGUGGUUGUCUGCUGCCCGUUGAGGAACAAUUUUUCUUUAUUAUGACAUUAUAGUGAACUAGAGGUCUGUUGUGAUUUUGUUGUCAACAGUGCUAGUAGGUAUUUUUUUUGUAUGUGUGCUUUUUACUACUUGCAACGUUUCCUACAGUUUUCAAAUGUUAACGCUUUUCGGUAUCAAAUGAAAAAUAUCAUGUGUUCUACUCUC